AUUUUUCGAAAAAAAAAAACAGCAACAAGAAAACACAAAGGAAAAGCAAAGAACCGUUUCUCUCUCUCUAUCUUCCAAGGUCAAAACUCAAACCAAACACCAAUAAUUCCGUACCGGAAUUUAUCUCCACCGCGACGACUCUCUGCUAACCGCCGAUCGUGGUGGCGAACAACUCUUUUUUACCGGUAACUCUCCGGUGACCGGCUGAUAGUUUAUUUUAAUUCGUGUCUGAUUUAUUAUGAAGAAUAACGGAAAAGCGAAUAAUAAUAACAAGAACAGCAAUAACGGCAAUGGUUUUCUCCCUAAUUCAUUGAAAUUUAUUUCUUCUUGUAUUAAAACUGCUUCGUCCGGUGUCCGGUCAGCCAGCGCCUCUGUCGCCGCUUCUAUUUCCGGUGAUAAUCAGGACCGGAGAGACCAGGUUCUUUGGGCGUCCUUUGACAGAUUAGAGCUUGGUCUAUCUUUCUUUAAACAAGUUCUCUUACUUGGCUACUCCAAUGGCUUUCAAGUCAUUGAUGUGGAAGAUGCUUCUGAUGUACUUGAACUCGUUUCAAAGCGAGAUGAUCCUGUUACAUUUUUACAGAUGCAACCCCGCCCUGCAAAUUCUGAGGGUCAUGAAGGAUUUAAAUCAUCACAUCCUUUACUCUUGGUUGUCGCAUGUGAUGAAUCGAAAAGCUCAGAUCAUAUGUUCAGUGGGAGAGAAGGUUCAGUGAGAGAUGGCUAUAAUGAGCCUCAAACAGGAAACUUUUUCAUCUCUCCUACUACAGUGCGAUUUUACUCAUUAAGAUCUCAUAAUUAUGUUCAUGUUCUGCGAUUUCGCUCCACAGUGUAUAUGGUUAGAUGCAGUCCGCAUGUAGUGGCUGUGGGCCUUGCAACACAAAUAUACUGCUUUGACGCUCUCACUCUUGAAAACAAAUUCAGUGUCCUCACUUAUCCUGUCCCUCAGCUAGGAGGCCAAGGGUUGGGUGGCGUUAAUGUUGGAUAUGGUCCAAUGGCUGUGGGUCCCAGGUGGCUAGCUUAUGCUUCCGACAACCCCUUGGUAUCAAGCACAGGCCGCUUAAGUCCACAAUGUCUUACUCCUCCUAUGGGUAUUAGUCCAUCAACUUCACCGGGCAGUGGGAGUCUGAUGGCUAGAUAUGCCAUGGAAUCCAGCAAGCAGUUGGCUUCUGGCUUAAUAAAUUUGGGAGACAUGGGCUACAAGACUCUGUCUAGGUACUGUCAAGAUCUAAAACCUGAGGGUUCUGGCUCUCCUGUAUAUUCUAGUUCCAGUUGGAAACUUGGUCGAGGUGCAACACAAUCUGCAGAAACAGAUAAUGCUGGAAUGGUGGUUGUGAAAGAUUUUGUUUCCAAAGCUGUGGUAUCACAAUUUCGAGCUCAUAGUAGUCCAAUUUCUGCUCUUUGUUUUGAUCCAAGCGGUACACUUCUAGUAUCUGCCUCAAUUCAUGGGAAGAAUAUAAAUAUUUUUCGGAUUAUGCCAUCCUACUCUCAAAGUGGAUCAGGCACUAAAAGUUAUGAUUGGAGCUCUGCUCAUGUUCACCUUUAUAAGCUCCAUCGUGGCAUUACACCAGCUGUGAUACAAGACAUUUGCUUUAGUCAUUAUAGUCAGUGGAUUUCCAUUGUUUCAUCCAGGGGAACUUGCCAUAUUUUUGUACUUUCUCCUUUUGGUGGUGAGAAUGUUCUUCAAAUUCACAAUUCCCAUGUAGAUGGGCCUAGCCUUUUACCAGUUCUAUCUCUACCAUGGUGGUCCACUCCAUCAUUAACAGCAAUUCAGCAAUCUUUUUCUGCAUCACCACCAUCUCCUGUUACCUUAUCCGUGGUGAGCAGAAUUAAGAAUACUGGCUGGCUCAACACAGUUAGCAAUGCUGCAGGGAAGACCUCAGUGCAUUCUGGUGCUAUUGCUGCUGUUUUCCAUAAUUGUGUACCUCAAAAUUUGCAAACUCCUCACAUGAAGAAGGUUAAUGCUUUGGACCACAUAUUAGUUUAUACUCCUUGUGGCCAUCUAGUUCAAUACAAAUUGCUGUCAUCAGUUGGGGGAGAAUUUAAUGAUACUACUCCAGGAGUUGGACAAGCUACUUCUACACUGGUACAAGAUGAGGAAUUGCAUGUAAAUGUUGACUCUGUUCAGUGGUGGGAUGUCUGCCGUAGAGCAGAUUGGCCAGAAAGAGAGGAAUGUAUUUCUGGAAUUACCUUAGGCAGACAAGAAACUACUGAUUUUUCCAUGGAAACAUCUCAAUAUGAAGAUAAUGAUACUGGAAACAUAGAGUCAUUGAAGUCCCAUGAACAGUCUCACCUUUAUAUUUCUAAAGCAGAGGUCCAAAUGAGCUCAUGGAGGAUACCGCUUUGGGAGAAAUCCAAGAUGUCUUUCUACAUAGUUAAUCAUAUUGAGGCUUUGGAAGAGAAUAUCACUGGAGAUUGUGCUGGUGGGGAGGUUGAAGUAGAGAAAGCUCCUGUUCAAGAGGUUGAAAUCAGGCGGAAGGAUUUACUGCCUGUUUUUGACCAUUUUCACCGGACCUUCUUUAACGGGCAUGGCAGGUAUGUCAGUGGUGAAAGAUACCCAACUUUAUUCACUAGUCCUGAUGAUUUGAAAGAGUCAGAAGAUGCUGUUAGUUCCCACUCUAAGUUAGUUUCAGAUGGCUCAGUGUCUAACUCUGAUAAUGGAUCAUUAACAAAAUAUUAUCCUCUCCAAUCUGAUAAAAAUAACGUUGGCAAAGGAGGCAUUCCUGUUAUGGCAUCAGCUUCCCGCUAUAAAAAUUCUAUUAAUAAAGAUGGUGGUUCAGAUUCUUUUAAGCAGUCUCAAAUGGGUAUUUCUCCUGAGGAUAGUAGUUCUGUUGAUAGUGACAUAACAUUUUCAACAAAUGGCUCACGUUCUAGAACAAUCGCAAAAGGAAUGCAAUCUUCAAAUAGUGGUGUGACUAGUGACGCUUCAAACACAAGUUCCAAUCGUUCUGACUUGAGCAUGAACAUCAUAGAUGAAGGACCAACAAAUGAUUCACUGGAUUUUGAGCAGCUGUUUCAAGAGGGUUACUGUAAAGUAUCAGCCAUGAAUGCAUGUCUUGAAGCAACAGAAGUAAGUUUUACUGGCAACAACAGCAGUCCUUGUGAUUUAGAGAAAUCUGAGGAAGAUGGUGACAGUGACGAUAUGCUCGGAUGUGUUUUUGCUUUCUCUGAAGAAGGUUGACUGUCUUCCCAUUUCCAACUCUGCUGAAUUGUUACCGCCUUUCAUUUCAAUCAGUCUGUUGGGACUAGGUUGGUCAAGCGUAAUGGAGGGUUAGAUACUAAUUGAUAAAAAAAAUUCCAGGUAAUCUCCUCAUAAUGUUGGAAACGUUACCGACUGAUUAAUAGAAAGAUCAUUGCUAGUGCAAAUGCCUGGCUUCUCGUCUUCUAAUUCUCAUCAUGUACAUGCUGUAAAUUGAUAUUUAUAAAACGAAAUUAUUUGUGUGAAAAGUUCAUUCUGUUCUGUA